UCUGGCGCGACAUGGUCGCGGGCGUCGCGGCCAUCCACAGUCUCGGGUUGAUCCACUUUGAUCUCAAACCCGCGAAUUUCCUCAUCGUGGACAACAUCGUGAAGGUCUCUGAUUUCGGCCUCGCGAGAGGGAUCAAUAAAGACGAGGGAAUCACCCAUGUCUCCCGCGAUCGCCAGUGCGGCACGCCGCGCUACAUGCCACCUGAGGCGUUCUACCAGCCGGAUGAGGGAUCGGCGAGUUUGAAAAUGCGGCCAGCCGCUGACGUUUGGGCUUUGGGGAUCAUCCUCUACCAAUUAUUGUACGGUCGGGCGCCGUACGAGCAUUUAGAGGGGUGCGGGAUGCGGGCGCAGUUCGCCGUGGCGGAUUCCCGGGUCCGGAUUCUGUACUCGAAAUCUCGGCGGUGGGAGCAGCAAGACGCGGCGUUAUUCGGCCAUCUGGUGUCUCUGCUACAGGUCACGCUGCGGUGGCGUUGGGAAAGGCGGUGGGACGCACAGACGGUGCUGAAGUAUUUGGAAAUGGGAGAUGAGCAGUACGAUGCGAAUGUUCAGCCAUGCCAAGCGACCAUCAAGAGAAAGAAUCAAAAGCUGCUGAAAAUGCCGAAAAACCUUGUCAAUGAAGAAGACAUGAAGGGAAAAGCGACGAAAUGGGAGGGCCAUCGGCUGUCAGACAUUUACGAAGAGGAAUUUAUCGAGCAAACGUCGUUACCGUUGCUGGCGAAACAAGAGAUGAACUACUCCUGCAACUCGACUUCUUUCGGUGCUACGGGUGCGGAGCAAGCGGAGCUAUUGGCACGACGACAGGACGGACCUGGAAACCUGGAUGAUGGCGGCGGCGCUACGGGCCAAAUCGAGAAGGAGGUGCUGGAGUCGGGUGGUGAAGAAAAGAAAAUGAGAAGCGACAAAAAUAUCCGAGAUUUCGCAAAUGAAGUAGCAGAAGAACACGAGCCAGAGCUGGCAUCGUCCUCGGAGGAAGAGCAUGAGUUGGAUGAAAAUGCUGAGAAAGGUGCGGCAUUGAUGUCGCAGCAGCAGCAGCAGCAGGCGCAAGGCGUCGCUUCCGAAGAUUUUGCUUUGGAAAACAACAAAACAGCAUCGCUAACUUCUGCAACACAAACCAUCGACACCGGGGAGCGAGACACGACGCCAAGUUUUGCACGUGACGAUAAUGAGGAACCGUCGCAAGAAGACAAAUUUCAUUCCAUGACAGAAGAUCCCUCUUCGUCAUCGACAUCUUCCGCAGCGUCUCCUUGCGCCGCUUUCCUGGCCUCUUCGCUCUCCACCAUCAUCAUCACCAUCAUCGCUGUUUGUCUUCUCGCGGGCGCUACUGGCUUGGCAGUCCAUAUGGGCAACGUGAGCGAGGGGAACAAACAGAAAGCAGAGCUGGGAUCUUCAGGAGACGGUGAUGCUUACCUGUUUGGCGGCUUCGGCGGCUGGCAUAAACCAAAGAUUUUAGUCCCGACGAGAAUCUUCAACGGGGAUGGAGGCGGUGGCGGGGGUGGUGGCACUUCACCUGGAGGGAACCCGAGCGGCCCACCAACAGGUCUAGGAAAUGAUGGUCAGAGCGGGAAUGCCGGAACAACCGCUCCUUUGCAGCAACCGACCCCUCCUGCGAGUCCUUCAUCGGGCUUGUUGAGCCUCUUCCCCCCGGGGCCUGUUUCCGGAGCGGAGUUUCUGGCGCCGGCGAAAUCAAAGCCGGCAGCGAAUGCUGGUACGGUGCCAGUGAUUGUGCCUGCGGCCGCUGCUACUCCAUCUGCUCAAGGAGCUUCAAUAUCUCCUGCUGCCACGCCGGUUUCGCCUGCAGUCGUGGCGGGAAGUGGUGGCCAGCUAGCGCAGACAGGAGUCACAACGCAAGCGGCGACUUCUCCUACGCAUCAACCGUAUCUAGCAACUUCGACGACAACGUCUCCAGGUCAUGAGCGGUUCCAAAAUGACCUACCGGGACCUGACCCGGCAACAGCUUCUCCUUCUCCUACGUCGGUGUCUCCUCCUGGAAACAGUGAAAGUGGAACAACAUCUGGAGAAACGACAAACGGCACAGCUGGAAACCCUGCACGAAGAGCUGACAUUGAAAAUCACCCUCCGCAAGAACCAGGAAGUAGUUUCAGUACGCAUGGGCAAAGUCCUGGAACCGAUGAAGCAGGCACCGCAAUAGACGGAACAUUACAUGCAGGUGGCGACCCAGCUAUAGUCGCUGCUGGUGCUGCGACUGGCAAUUCUGGUGCACAGGAGCAGCAAUCGCAACGGACAUCAGGCGGCAAUAAUCAAACUGGAAGUAUUUCAGAUGCGUCACAAAUGGAGGGGGCAGCGCGUCCGGGGAGCGGUGCAGAAGCUGGCGCAGGAUCUUCUUAUGGAGAAGAACGAGACGACGUUGGCGGUGAAUCGCCACCCAUAUCAGGAGGUGGGGCUGGGAGCGAAGCGCCAUCCGGCAAUAUGACCAGCGUCGAAGUAAGUGCAACUGCUGGCAAUGGAGGAGCGGCGGGAGCGGUGCCAACAGGUAGUGCUGCCUCGACGGUAGACUACGGCGCGGCAGAGACCGACAAUGAAACGGCAGGAAGGGGUCGUGCUGGCGGCAACCAGGAGGGCAGAUCGGUGGAACGAGGAGUCGGCCAUGCGGAUUCCGGUUCCCUUGUCGCGAAUGGAGGCACGAUGCGAGGAGCCGAACGAGGAGAAAGGACGAGGACUACAGGAGACAUCGCGCAACAGGGUUCGGACGCCCGUGCGUCCUCGGUCGCAAACGAAAAUCAAGGCGCCGGACUAGUCGAUGCGCGACCGCAAGAACAGGUCGGUAGUUCGGGCACCGCCGCUACGGCUCAAAGUAGAAACACCGGCACAGAUGGUGCAACUGAAGGAGCUAGGGUCACCGACGCUAUAAGCGCCCCCGCGCGUGGUGCUGGUGAUGAGCGAGAAGUGGAUACUGAUGCAAUGAGUGUCCAGAGGAGCUUGCGAUCACAGGUUUCAUCAGCUGCGGCUGCGGAGAGAGGACGAGACGACGAGCAGGACCGCUACUCUGGCAACCAAUCCGACUGCGAUGGGAGAGAAGGCGUCUCUGAUUCGGAUAGUCGAAGCGAUUCGAGCAGACGGCAUAGCCACAGCUCAGCUGCGAGCAGUGUGUGCCCAAGUGAACCUGAGGACGGGGAAGGAGAGAAUGAGCCAGAGGCAGGAAUACAUGACAGAGACGAGCCGGAGCCCCCCUUGCCGGAAAAUGACUUCCUUGACGAUCUGCCGCCUGUAGAAGUUCCAGACAGUGCAUCUCUUCUAGCGGAAGCCGAACAAGAUGCGUACACCAUUGCAAGGGUUGGUAGCGCUAGUGGGGGCGGUUCGUCCAGCAGCACUGCGCGAUACGUCCCUCCUCCGGCCAUCAGAACACCAUCAUCGCAGAGCACGCAGCCAAGACUGAAUGAGGAAGGAGGGGGCAGCACAGAGCCGUUUGAGGCACCUGCUGCUCCGCUCGAAACUCGACAAGAGCAGGGCCUCAGCUGUGAAAAUUUGUUUUUGCGGUUUCUAAAAGAAAAGGUCCGCGAUAAAAGGCCACGCGAUUACUGGAGCGCGGAAAUCGACUUUGGGCGAGACCAUCUGGAGGAAGCGAAUCAAAGCGCAAUAGAAGGAGGAAUGUCACAUCCGGAAUCCGGACAGGUUUUCGAUCCCGACACAUGGGCGGUAAAAGUUACUUUACUGCGUUUAUCUCUGAAAUCUCCCAAGGGCUGGCAUGUUAGGAAUACUAUACAUAGAAAUAGAAAUAGAUGAAAGUGGCUGAGGCUGCACAGAUGUUGUUGACGAGUGACGGACCUGCUUUAAUUACAGUAUGAGAGCUUGUCGACUAUCACUAAGUAUCGACACCAAGAACAUGAGCAACUGUUUGUACACUCACAUCUACAGGUGCGAACAAUUAUGGCUUUGAUGCCAUUUUGCAGCCUCAAUGCUCCACUCAGAGCCUUAAAGGUGUUGAGCUUCCGUUGGCCGGUUGUAGAAGCGAACUUGUACAGCGAAAGGCGCCUGAGCGGUGGAUGUGUGGCAGAUGAUACACGUUUUUUCGCGGAGGUCUGGGACUUCUUAUCGAUUUGAAAUCCUUGGCGCCACUGCUGCGCUCGCCUUUUCAGACUUAAUGAUGAGGCCGAGUUUCAAGAUGGACACUGAGUAAAUGUGUACCACAAUCACAAAAAGCUGUCUAGCGUACGACAAUAUGUCGACUGGUGUUUAUAGUAUGAAGUAUUUUAUUUGUCCUCAGGCAGUGAUUCGACGGACCGAGACAGUGAAAUUGCGCGUACCCAUGGCUUCGAAUCGUUGCACAUGACCUCUUGUCUUUAAAAUGUGAAACUUUCAACAUCGGGAUGAUGUUGUUGCGCAUGAGAAAACGACAGUCGCUGACGGGAUUUCCCUUUCAUAAAAGUUUCAUGAACGGCGGAAGCGGCCUGGGGAUGCGGACACGAAAGGCACCGGAUCAAGCCUUGUUGUAUGGGACGAUCCCGUUGAUCGCUCAGUGCCAACGAGUGGGCCUUUACCGUCUGCCGACGGGGUCGAAUCGCUGUCACUGCGGCAUCGUGCUCUUCGGGAGGAGCGAUGCCGCUUAGGUAUGGUCACGCAGUACCUGUUUCAAGCACAGGAGCAAAUCUUCGAGUUUGGGGCCGGCGGAUUUUUAGCGCCAUACGGUACCCAUUUGACCAUGACACGAUGAGUUUUCUGUUGUUACUCGGGAGUAUUUCGCUACAGUAGCUAGAAGUUCUAGAAAAUAGAUUUCAUCGCCAGAUGAAUGGCGGCCUCGUCCGUUAUCCUUCUCAUCGUGUGUUUUGUUUUCCUUGGAUUGAUGCGGGUACUAUUUUCAUCUGAAAGAAGAUUGCAUUCCUCCAAAUGCAUUAGAAUUGUUCACAAACAGGUUAUUGCUUGAACACCGAUGCAAAUGUCGAUCAAAUGCCGAGUGCGUGGCCAGAGGGUCAGCUAGGGCGUAAAAACUACCCCUACCGCUUUGGAAAGGAGCCUAAAUCUUGCCUACAUCCGAUGUGGCACCAUUACUUUCAGAUAGAUUUUCGCAAACGCGCUACAUUUUGGCGCAAGCACUCAACCGGGAAGGGCGCUGCAUGGUCGUACCUGCAUUUCCGCUGGAACUGGAUCCGGACGCGCCUUCACGCAGUGACGGACAAAGGCGCUAAUCCUCUCCGGUUUUGCUCGUCAUUUCGCGGUCAAGAGGGCAUCAGUUACAGAUAUUCGCAGAAGAUUACGGAAAUGAACUAGGAGUAGGAUGACGAUUAGGCAAGCCUUGUGAGCGCUUCGUGUAGACGUGCGCAUCGUUGAUGUAUAUUGUGACUCAGAUACUGGGUAUUGAUAGUCGCAUUUCAUCUGAACACCCUGCGAGUACUGUUGUUGUUUUGUGAAAAUGCGACCCGGCCGCGGGCCUGGGCCUGAACAUUUAGUCUGAUCCAACAAUAUGUGUCGCACUGGUGCGGAAAUUUUUCGUCAUAUCGUGUAUCCCUGUCGUCAUCCACUCUUUAUUCCUGCAUAUGGUCCUUUAACGCCAGAACCGACCCAAGGAUCAUCGCCGCUUUCAAGCCCCUCCUUGAGCCCAUGCUGCUUCCCGACGUUGACGAGCGACGUGGGACUAUCAGUGACUAA